AUGAAAUCUGUUCUCGCCGUCUUCAGCUUCGGGCUGUGUGUAGCCGGAGAUCGUUUCAUCUUUCUCCAUAAUACAUACCCCCACGCUAAGUGGACACUUCAGGCUCUUCCUCUGCCCGGCAAUCCACCAUCGAUCAAGGGUCAAAUCAAACAACUAGAUGAUGGGCAGAAUCGAAUAGGAGGUGGACGCACCCUCGGCACAUACCAUAUCGUGAACGGCAGUGUCUGGGACGAGCAUGGGCGAGGUUGCAUCCUAACACCUGCUACCACUCAGUGGCAAUGCGAUGAAGGGGUUCCACAGUGGAACAUUUACGCCAAACCCGCACCGGGCCAGCGGAAGUGUGUUCCUAUCAAUCUGUAUUCAUCGGAAAUUCAAAUCCACGAUACUUGCUCGGUCAACGCUACUUCCAUCCAGUCGACGAGUAUUUCAUCCACGGCCAUACAGUCUACGAGCAUUUCAUCUACGGUUACGUCUAGGUCUAAAACUUCAACGAGUGCAAGUAUAACAUCUUCCACACCAACACCGUCGCCCAAGGCAAAUCGGAAAAGGUGUCCUGUGGAUCUCGAAGGUGCUUUCGAAUUUCCACAUUUGAUUGUCCCUAUAGACAGAAGUAAACCACAUGAAAAGUUUGGAAAUCAUCUCAAUGGAACAAUCAAGGCACCAGAUCUGUGCACAGGCUUCAAUUUCGACGUCCAUACACGUUUCUCCGGCAAGACCUGCUCCGUCAUAUUUUUUCUACCGGAGCAUGAGAAACUCCAAACCAGUUCCUAUGAGCUAAAGGGUAGCGGUGGCCUCGUGUUCGCCGCUCUGGACAAGCCGAUGGAUCAUGAAACAUCUUGGUCCACCAAACCGGGCAUCACCGAUGUGAUAAAAAUCCAGCCUUUGUCAGAAGGGGCCCAGUAUCAUGUUUUCACUACUGCUUGUCCUGCUGGCAAGACUGUGGGUUAUGGAAUUUCAAUCCCAGUCCAAUCGGCUUAUACAUUCGCGUAUGUUGAGAUCGAGGAAGGGGACUGCGCAGUCGCUUGAAGGGACGUAUUUCUGGAUGACGUUCAUUUGCGAUAGAUACCUGAAUGCAUAAAACUGGUUUUGCCUGACUUCGUGUAGACUUCUGUUCUAAUCACAAAUACCAGUUGUUUCUGUUAGAUCGCCAGGACGUUCGGUGUCUAGACGUACACCAGAACAUCCAUAGCCAAUUACGAGGUAUUAAC